CGGCUGCUGUGUUUGUGUGUGUGUGUAUGACUGGCAGGUUAAACUGACUUCCUUCUAGUUUAUAGGGGUGGUCUGUUAUAAUCUGGAUGUGUAACAUUCCUUUUUCUCCAAAGCACCUCCUCAUGAAGCUGGAGCACAGACAAACUCACACACACACACACACUGUCGUCACCCCCCACCCCCCAGCCCACCUGUGCUGCGGUUACCCCGAGGCGUUCUCUCUGCCCCCCCCCCCCCUUACGCUUGCUUCCUGGGUGUUUACCCGAGUGCACCUGGCGGAGGAGAGUGGAAGGAAUGAACGGCACGGAGCGCGUGAGAAACGUAGAAAAGAGAAGAAAAAGGAAAAAGAAGACAGAAAGAGAAGAGAAGUGAAGAGAAGUGAAGAGUUGGCCUUCCAGCGUCACAUAAAGAACAAGUUUCCGCUGCAGAAGCCCUGCAGGCGCUGCAGUGUCUGCUCCAACAGCGGAGCAGAACGGUCCCCUGAGGCGUCGGAGGGGCCAAAACUGAACCGACCAAACUUGGCUUCCGACCCCGGAGCAGCAACACGCCCACUUGGCGGCGGCCUGCAGUGCAUUCCUGUUUCCUUAAGUAAUUUGACAGUUUCACCACAUCCAGUUUGGUUUCUGGCUGGUGUCUUGGCUGGGAGCGCCAGCAGAGCUUUUUCUGGAGCCUUCUUCUUCUUCUACCCCCUGCUACAGCUCCAAUGUGUGGUUACAUCUCUGAGGGCCUCCAAAGCACAUGGCAGUCGUCCCAGUGGGAAAGAAGGACAGAGAAAGAGAGAGGCAGAGGGGGGUGGAAAGAGUGAAAACGAGAGGGGAGGAAGACAUGAACUGAAUGUUAGGAGAGGAAAAGAUAGAGGGAGAAAAGAGAAAAAGAUUGAAAUGACCACAGUGAGGGACAUUUGUGCUCUGAGCAAACAGGCCAGUCGUCCUGACUUCCUCCCUCCAUCCCUCUCUUCUUCAGCCUAGGACAUAAACACCAGACAGGCAAAGAGUCUGACCUAAAGAGGAAGAAAUGUUUAAUUUAGCAAUUUGUCCUUGUGUUCCCUGACCUCCACACUAACCUAACCUAACCCUGUGCUUUACAAUUCAAUGCUGGACCACAGACAGAAAACACUCCCUGCAGCUCGUAGCUGAAGAGUUUCAUUGUAAAGUGUUUCGUUUCAUUGUGCAAAUGCGAAAAUAAAAAAAGAUUUCUAAUGCUCAGUGUUAACUCACAUUGAUGAGGUUAUAUUAGUAAAAGGGUAAUAAUGGUGAGAUAAGAUAGCAUAAGACCUAGCUGGAAGUUAUGCAGUGUGUUUCUUGUUACAAAUGCAAUGCAAAUUCUUGGUCAAAGCUCUAUAAUAACAGUAAACAAUACAUCUGGGUGUCCCUGUUGCCCAGUGGUUUAAGAUACAGUCCAUGUAACUGGUUUAAUUAUGGCCCAGAAUCUUUGUUGCAUGUCAUCCCCUUCAUUCAUUCCUGUCUGUAUCUACUGUCUGCUAUCAAAUAAACACAACAUGGCAAAAGAAAAUGAAUGCCCUCAUUAGUAUUAUUGCCAUAUUAUCUUGAGAGACUAUCAUCAGGAGAACAACAGCAUUGGUUAUUUGUUCAAAUGUUAAAAAAUGGCUUACAUUUUCCUGACAAGCGACCUCUUGAAGUCAUGCAAAUAAUGCCUGUUAAUAAAAGCCAAAUAUAUCGUGACUUUGUUGUAACACUGCAAGACCUCUUAUUGUGGAGGGCUUCUUUAACCAUUGAGGCUCAUUAACUAACCUUAACCGAGAAGUUGCCUGAACCAAAUAUUAACCAUAAAAUUGGCAGAUCAGAAAAAGCUCAUAAGUUGUUCUUUGGAAAGAACAAUGUUUUGUGGCAACAUUUUUUCUGAGUGAAGGAGGUGCUACAAAUUUGUACC